CGGCAUUAUAAAGAGCUCCACGAGUUGGCAUUGUCAGGCGGUGGCACCGCGCGGGACGGAGCUAAGAUCUUCUUUAUCGACAGUGAACGGCGGCGGCCGAGUGGAGCGAGAGUCCGUGGACGCGGACGAGCCCUCAGGGGUGCGAGCGUGACCGCGGCCAAGUCCGCAUCGACUUUCGGCGGCGAGUAGGGCCUCGCGGCGUCAUCGGCGGCGAGUAGCCGCUGCGGCCUGGCCCACCAUGUCGGACGCGGCUGAGGAGCAGCCCAUGGAGACGACUGGCGCCACCGAGAACGGACACGAGGCCGCCUCCGAAGGCGAGGCCCAGGUUGAGCCCGGCGCCGGGGCAGCGGCCCCCGCGGCCCCGGCCGGGUCUGGGGGCGGGACCACGACCGCCCCGAGCGGGAACCAGAACGGCGCCGAGGGCGACCAGAUCAACGCCAGCAAGAACGAGGAGGACGCGGGAAAAAUGUUUGUUGGUGGUCUGAGCUGGGAUACCAGCAAAAAAGACUUAAAGGAUUAUUUUACUAAGUUUGGAGAGGUCGUUGACUGUACAAUAAAAAUGGAUCCCAAUACUGGACGAUCAAGAGGGUUUGGGUUUAUUCUCUUCAAAGAUUCUUCGAGUGUGGAGAAGGUCCUAGAUCAGAAGGAACACAGGCUGGAUGGUCGUGUCAUUGACCCUAAAAAGGCUAUGGCUAUGAAGAAGGAUCCUGUGAAGAAAAUCUUUGUGGGAGGUCUAAACCCUGAAGCCACAGAGGAAAAGAUCAGAGAAUACUUUGGGCAGUUCGGGGAGAUUGAGGCCAUUGAACUUCCAAUAGAUCCCAAGUUGAACAAAAGACGGGGUUUUGUUUUUAUUACAUUUAAAGAGGAAGAACCUGUGAAGAAAGUUCUAGAGAAAAAAUUCCAUACUGUCAGUGGAAGCAAGUGUGAAAUCAAGGUUGCCCAGCCCAAAGAGGUGUAUCAGCAACAGCAGUAUGGUUCUGGGGGCAGAGGAAAUCGCAAUCGAGGAAACCGAGGCAGUGGUGGAGGUCAGAGUCAGAGUUGGAAUCAGGGCUACGGCAACUACUGGAACCAGGGCUACGGCUACCAGCAGGGCUACGGGCCGGGCUAUGGCGGCUACGACUACUCGCCCUAUGGCUAUUACGGCUACGGCCCCGGCUACGACUACAGUCAGGGUAGUACAAAUUACGGGAAGAGCCAGCGACGUGGUGGUCAUCAGAAUAACUACAAGCCAUACUGAGAGGCAGCAGGAGCGGCCGAAUGACGACCGCACACGCUUUGUUUGGACGCGGAGUGAACACAAUUAUGUACCAAAUUUAACUUGGCAAACUUUUAUGGCCUGUCCCAUGUGCAUCUUAUUUAAAAUUUCCCCCGGAAAUCACUCUCCUGUUUACUAUUCCAGAGCUCUAGUUGUUGUAGGCAGCGUGUGGCGUCUCAGAGGCCAGAGCGGCAUUAGGGGGCUGAUUUUAUUACCAGGUUACCCUGUUCUAGAUUGGAGGGUCUGCUUCCUGCUGCCGCUCUGCAGCCUGGACCUGUGGACCCUGGUUGUAAAGAGUAAACUGUAUCUUAGGAAACCAGUGUCACCUUUUUUCACCCUUUAAUUUUAUAUUAUUUGUGUCAUACAUUUCCAGUAAUGGAAGUGUUAAUUUUACUGUACUUUUUGGUACCUUUUGGGAAUCUAAUGUAUUGUAAGGUAUUUUACACGUGUCCUGAUUUUGCCACGACCUGGAUAUUGAAGCUAUCCAAGCUUUUGAAAUAAAAAUUAAAAACAAAACCCCAA